GGUCUCUUCGGAAACACUCGUUUUCCUUCGGGCCACGUUCGGAAAUCUGUGGCUGAUGCGGGUAGAUUGGGGUCGCCCUCCGCAGGACGAUCUCAAACGCUUUACUCUGGAGAGAAGCUGGAGGUAAUCUUCUAGCGGACUGACUAGCCCUCCGCCCCAGGAGGGCGUCGGUUCCCCCCGAGGGCGAGUCGUUUGGCGGGGGAGAGAUUUGCAUUAAAAGCUCUUGAUUUCUUGGGGGGCCGCAUCUGUUGGCCUCUGCCCCGUCCCCUCUACCCCCAGUCUGCCCCCAGUCGCACCCCUUAAACGCCCUUGUUUUCUGUUGCCACGGCCCUCUUCAGGGGCAGGAGCCCCGCCUGAUGUACCCCGGGUCCUCGGCCUCAACAGCACGGGGCUUGGCGCUCGGGGGGAUCCGGAGACCUCGGCUCACCAAAGGGAACGGCCACGGCCUGUGUCGCCCCCGCGAGUGCAGCUGGACCUGGGACUGUGUCCGGGAACUCCAUGAGGUCCCCCUCCGUGCUCAGGGGCUUCGCCCCUAGGGAAUCCCGGCCGUCCAGAGGCAUUGGGAGAAGCCUGGGGGCCUGCCCCGCUGCCCGCACCACCGCCCCCAGGCCCGACGGGGGUGCGCUCAGGGCCGGGAGCUCCAUCACCUCCCAGGGGCGCACGGGCCGCCCCAGGGGACCGGCAAUGAGGGAGAGAAAUCUCAGCUCCCGAGAGCCCCGUGUUUCCUCCAUUAGGGCGCCCUGCCCGCUAACUCCGGCGUCCCGGGGCUCCGGGCCCAGGCGUCUUGUCUGGUCCUUGUUUUUUGACCCCACCUGUCCCCACCGCGGGGCCUGGGGCGCAGAGGGCCCCGCAGGCAGGCGCUGAAGAGAAGCAACGUCCGGGCUCCCGCAGCACCCCACGCUGCCUCCAUUAGGGCACCCUGAAUUUUGAAUGUGUUCCUUCGCGCUCCUUGGGGUGCGUAAGGCCCCUCCCACCCUUAUCCGGGAGCCCAGCUGCCCCCAUCAAGGCCUCUGAGGGCCAGGACGGGCCCAGAAACCAGGGCCGGGGCACCCCCCGAGUCGGGCCCGUGUGCACCCCAGCCAGCUCAGGUGACCAGGAGGGCGCCGGGCACACCUGGCGCCGUCCCCUGACCCCGCCCCGGGCCGGGCCGCACCCCGGAAAGCUCUUUGGGGGAGCCAGCGCGGCGCAGCAGGGCCAUGGCAGCAGCGCCAACGGUGGGCGUCCCGCAGGGGCCCCCGCCGGGGGCACCGUCCCCGCCGGUCGGCGCGCCGGGGCCUGCGUCCGGCCUGGGCCGCUGCCGGAUGGCGCUGCUACUGGCGGUGGCGCUGGACGUGGCGGGCAUGGCGGCGCUGCUGACCGGCGUGUUCGCGCAGCUGCAGGUGCGCGGCCGCGACUUCGGCGACCUGCUCAUCUACUCGGGCGCGCUGCUCGUCUUCCUGAGCCUGCUCGGCUGGAUCCUCUGGUACACCGGCAACAUCGAGAUCUCGCGCCAGGAACUCGAGCGCGACUACGGCCUGCGCCCCUCGGCGCUUGCCCGCCUGGCGCGCAAGCUCUCCCGCCGCUGGUCUGCGCCGGCCUCCUCCUCCGGCCCGCGCGCCGCGCCCGGCUCUCUGGGAACGCGCCGUGCCGCCCGCGCGCCCCCGCCGCCCGCCGCCGGCUCCCGCCGCGUGCGCCUGCAGCUCGCUACGCUCGAGGCCGGGCCGGGGGCGGCGGGCGCGGGCACCGAGUGAGCCCGAGACAGCCCCACAGCCCCACCUGUGAGGACGGGACUGCGUGUGCAGCUGCACCCACCGCCAUCUGGGCCACCAGGAUGCCUGCUUGUCUGCCCCUAUCCUCUCUCGGAUAAAUGGCUCUGCCUCCUA